AUCUGGCUCGUUUCACAAAAUCCAACGUAAUCGAAGCUACUCGGGAGUUAAAGAGACCAGCUUCGCUUGUCACAACAAUGUAGACACAUAACCUCGCAAACAUGCAAUCAUCAUUUCAUAAUACGGUUUAUAGUUAGAGUCGAAUUUUCCAAAAAGCUUCUCGCUCAUUCGCGCUCAAUUUUGCACGGAUUUAAUUGUUAUUUAAUUGUUAUUUAAUUGAACUUUUUUAUAUUUCAAUUUAUCGAAGAAAUGCAUAAUUACGCAAUACAACGAAAAUAAGAGAACUGUUUGCGCAGUUACAGUUGACUGCACUGAGGCGUAGUCCAGCGGAGAUCUUUUCGAGCGGGAAACCUUUCGAAUACAAACUGGUUGUUCGAGAAGAUUCAUUCCUACAUACGCAGUGUUACUUGUGAAUCAAAUUUUUUAUGAAGAUGCAUAUCGUACAGUGCUUUCCAUUCAUAAUCUUCUCACAGAUUUUAAUUCUGAUUAAUGGAGAUUCAUCUUACAAUGCAUCGAGAACUGAUUUAUCCAAAUGCAAGUUGUCUCAACUCGGAACCGAGUAUAAAGGCUCCCUUAUGACAACUGUUGCUGGUUUCCGAUGCCAAUCGUGGUCCGCCGAACAGCCACUUCAUAAAAUCAGUACUGAUAUAACUGACACGAAUUUUCCGGAAAGAUCCAUGAAGCUAGCCAAAAAUUAUUGUAGAAAUCCUACUCGGGAUCUGAGAGGACCCUGGUGUUAUACGUUAGAGCCUACAGUUAUCGACGAUGAGUGUAAUAUUCCACUUUGUAAUUACGGAGAUUGUAUUAUAACGGGGCCAGGAGCUGAAUAUGGCGGAAAUCGCAGUUUUAGUGUUUCAAGAAGAAAAUGUAAAUCUUGGAACAAAAGAUAUAAACUUGGUAAUACAAAAAGUAAUAAAUUCCAUAACAAUCAUUUUCCGGAUGGAUCAAGGGCAAAAGCAAAUAAUUUUUGUAGGAAUCCAAAUGAUGAUAUUGGUGGUCCUUGGUGUUAUGUAGAAGAAAGAAGCUAUGAGCUAGUAGAAAAAGAAUAUUGUGAUGUUCCAUUUUGCGACGACAGAGAUUGUUUGAUGUAUUCCCGAAAUUCAUCGACCUAUUCCAUGUUAACGGGUUUAAAUAGCACUUAUGGAAAUAUAUCCUUUUGGAUAAAACUCUGGAAUCCUCUUGAUGAACAAAAUGCAGAAGCCAGGAUUUUACUAAGUUUUCUUCCAAUCCCGUCUUCUGCCAAGAAGAUUGCACAAGACUGGAAAGCCGGAGUAGAACUUUUAAUUUCGAACAGUGUCAGCGGUCAAAUAUAUCCUGUUAUUGAUGUUAAUAACGGACGGCUUUUAGAGAAUACACCCGAGAUGCUACUCAGUUCUAAAUGGACUGGUUUGUGGAUUACUUGGGGUGGUGGUUUCAUAUCGCUCGGGAUACAUGGCGUGUCCAAACCGUUAAUUAUGGACGAGUAUAAAACAAAGAAUAGUAUUUCAAGUUUGUACCUCGACAGUUUCCUGUACUACGGCGUUAUGGGCACUGGUGUAUUGUGGAGCACAGAGUUUUGUCAAAAUUAUUGCGAAAGUCACACCACUUUUGGGGAUGAAUUUUUGACCGUUUGGCCGAUGCAAAAAAGUAACGAUACGCAGGAUGUACGAUUUUACGUUCGAGCUAAGCGUGAUAUAAAAGUACGAUUAUAUCAGAGCCCUGGAGUGCUGUUUCCUUGUUUCACGUUGGAAAUCAGGCGCAAUGACAUUAUAUCUUUGUUAUAUCAAGAAAAUGAAAUAGCAAUAAAACAGUAUUUGAAAGAGGUUAUAAUUAAGGGAUCGCUCAAUUAUUGGAUUUGGAAAGAGUUCACUAUCAGCAUUUUCGGUACACAUUUGCGUUUAAUUUCACAACUUGUAUCUGGAAGUGAGGAAAUUUUAUUUGUAAAUCAUGAUCUACUGACUACUUUACGUUGGUUCAGCGUCGGGAGUAAUCAAACAAUAGCACACUGGACAUUCUUUUGUCCACCUGAUGCAACGGACGCGGUAGAAAAUCCUCAGCCUCCAAACUGCAUUCAUAAUAUCGCUGACUAUCAGUAUCGUGGAACUCAAUGGACGAGUGAAAGGGUACUUCCAUGUAUACCAUGGAUAGCAAAGGAGAUACCAGACAGUGAGAAGAUCGCCGAUAACUUUGUUGAUAGAUCUAUCAUUAAGGUUUUAAACAGAUGUAGGAAUCCAAGUCAUGACCCUAGUGGACCUUAUUGUUACGCGAUUUCCACUCCACAUGCUACGGACAUCACGAAACAAUAUUGUUCCGUCCGAAUUUGUAGAUCAUCAGAAUGUCGAAUGGCAGGAACUGCUAAUGAUUAUAUAGGCACGCUGUCAACUACUCGUUCAGGUCGAACCUGCGCAAAGUGGUUGAGCGAUUAUGAUCUCGAACAAAUGCAAAAACCUAACGCAUCGUUGAUAACUGAAGCUCCUCCUGAGACUCCGAGUCCGGCUCACGUGAAACGUUCUUUGAUGGAGAAAAAUGUCUCAUCGGGAUCAUCACUGUUCACAAAAUCGCCAUUGCGUCCACCACCGAAAUUAUUAACGAAAUUUACAGCUGUUAAACCUGUUCACAGUGUCGAUAGAGCGUAUUGGAAUGAUAGUCUCUAUCCAGAACGUAGUGUUCGAAAUGCCAGCAACUACUGCAGAGAUCCUUCGCGUAAUAUCGCUGGUACCUGGUGUUAUACGACGGAUCCACUGGUUCCGCAAGAUCUUUGCGAUGUAAGAGAUUGCGAAGAGCCAGAGGAGUGCACAUUUUUCGUGAAAGGACACGGCAUCGGACGACGUUUAUACGUUUUACCGGAGCAUCGUACAGAAGGCCUGCACUUUUCGUUAAAAGCAUGGGAACCUGAUCGGCCUGACUCCAUAACGUUUGUGUUUACUGCCGACGACGGAUUGAAGUCCCGUUACAUUCUCAAGAUCGGUGCUUUAGAUAAUGAAAAAGUUCUUCUCUAUUAUCAGUCUGAAGAAAAAGAAAUAGUUUUGGUGAAGAAAAAAACGUUACCGCACUUGCUGUAUCUUGGCAAGUGGAGUAGCUUUGUUAUUCGUAUACCUCGAGGACGCGUUGUUGUCUAUUACGCGGGAGCGUCGGAUCCGCUCUUCGAAUGGGAACAUCCCGAGCCAGCCAAAGCCUUCUUACCGGUCUAUUAUUAUUAUAAUAGCGAGAAAGGACACGCGAUAGGGGUCGCUUUCGAUUGUGCCUCAAGAUGUCACAUAGAGAACACGCAAACCGAUCGCUACACGAGAAUAUUACCGGCGUCAACGUGGUCUAAGGAAGAUGUGGUCAGACCGAAUAAAUUAACGUUGAUGAUACGCGCCAAAGGGGUCGUUUGGAUACCGUUACUUCUGCUGCCAGGGACACCGGGAUUUUACGCGCUUAUGCUCGGCAAGCAAGAUCAGUGGAUACAUUUUCUGAAAAACACUUAUCCCAGGGUGAAAGUUUAUCACAAGCAGAAAGCGCCCAAGCCGAUAUUUACCACCAACACCUGGACGAAUAUUACUAUAAAAUGGGCGGGAAGCACGAUCGACAUAUUCUGCAAUGAGACAAUCGUGUUCCAUUACGUGCAUCGUCAACCGCUCAUCUUCUAUUUUUUUUCACUCGCCGUGGACACGGGAAGUUGGGCCACGUGGAGCGCGAACUGCAUACCAUCAGACGGUGGAUGGUCCGAAUGGGAACCAUGGGCGUGCAGUGUUAGUUGCAAUGGCGGCAUAGGAACCAGAAAACGAUAUUGUAAUUCACCGGAACCUAACGUGAAGGGUGAACCUUGUAUAGGGCCUAGCAGCAUGACUGGUCGUUGCAAUAUGAUUCUCUGUGGUGAUAUAACCGAUGAUACCGUGACUUUGAUCAAGAGGAGAAUUGCACAGGAUCAUACUGCUCUUACCGUGCAGGAAGGUGAAUUGAUAUCACUUCCUUCCGAUUCAAGUAUCGUAAAUGCCAUUAGAACCGAGUCGCCUGAUUCGGAGAUACAGUGGUCUCACAAUGGCAUUUUCCUCCAGGAGGAAGAGCGCAGAUUAGAAAUUAAGGAUUAUGAGAUCGUAAUAAGUAAAGCGGUAUUGAACGACUCGGGCGUAUAUACGCUUACUGUACAUCGGAUAGACGGAACGUAUAUGAUAUUUAAGGUGGUAACUUUGGCAGUAGUGCCAAUAAAAGAAAGUGUCACCAUUCGCGAAACUCUCUCUAUGAACGUAAUGUGCCAUUGCGUUAUCCUCGGCUACAUAUAUUCCGACCUGAAGGUGUAUUGGAUUAUCGAUGACAGAGUGUGGAAAGACUAUGGCGUCACGUUGCCCGUAGCUGUGAAUGUAGAUCAUCUCCCAGCUGUAAAUAAAUCUCAUCACGGCACGUGGAAGUGCGUUGUGGAGCAAAUUGACCUAAAUUUCAAAUGGACAACAAACAUGAUCCGCGUCAAAGUUCUUGGACCUCCAAAUUGGCGUACUUAUUUGAUGGAGGAUAAACUGACACGACCAAUCUUUGGCUGGAUGCCGAGCGAGGAAUUCGUUGCUUACGCAGCAUUGGCUAUAAUUCUGUUCUUGAUAUGUUGCAUUAUUAUAGGCUCCACGCUUUAUAUCAGGUUUCGAGAAAGUUUGAAAGUCGACCAAACUGUGAUAAGGGAGAAGAUGCGAGUAGGAAAAUCUAAAAUUAAGAGUAGAAAAGUUACCGAUGAUACAUCCGUAGAAACAGGAAGUGAAAGUACAACGGAUGAUACUGUUCAACUUCAAAAAGUACAUACAGCAAAUAAUAAUGAGCACGGUAUAAGAAAGUCGGAAAACAUAAAUCACACCGGUAUGAAAUCACAUCAACCGAGAUCCAAAAGAGGAGUUUAUUGGCCUCACAGGUUGUUCAGGAAAUCUAAAUCAAGACGUGAAGACUGGAGUAGUAAAACUAAGUCGACUCUCGAUGAAACGUCAGAAAGAACGAAUUUGAUUACCGACAGCGAUACCGAUAAAUAAGUAAGACUUAAAGCAUGAAGGUCAAACGUGUAUAACGUCCAACACGCAGACAUCAUAAAGACAUCACAUAUCUUGCAGAGAGCGGAUGUUGAAUUUUUUCAAAUUGAUAAUGCCAAUCGAUGGUCUCCUGACGGCUGCGUACUCUCGGAUUGCUCGCCGUUUUGGUUGAAGCGGGCGAGCGAAAGGGACGACGCAUGGCAGACGCCAGUGCGAAUCAAACGAGAUGAAGGAAGGGUAAAUGAGAGAAAAAGGAGCUCCGAGAAAGAGAGCACUCUGGGCCCGGAGGGCGGGAAGGAUUCGCUCCACAGGGAGGGAGAGCCGAUCGACGGGGAGUGAGGUUGCCAGCAGAUCGGUAGGACAGGCCCGAGGGAAGCGCAACGAAAACAGAGAAAAAGAAAUGACGGAGGCUAUUUGCUGGAAACGGUAGGGAGGGCAGGAGCGAGCGCGUCCUGAGUAGAUAGAUAGAGAGAGAGAAAGAGAGAGAAAGAAGAAGUGGACAGAGGGAGAAAAAGACAAAGAGCGAAGAGGCACAACCUGAAGGAGCACGAGAAGGAUCGAGAGAGAAGCAGAGAGCGACAGGUGCGCGGGCGCCCACGUGGGUUCCUCUUUGAAGCGAAUGGUGUAAGGACGAAGAAGCAGAAGAAGAAGAGAAGGAAGAAGAAGAUAACGACGACGACGACGAGGACGACGACGACGACGACGACGACAACGACGACGAAGAAGACGACGGCGACGAAGACGACGAGAAGGAUGACCGGCCGGCUUCCUUGUGCCGGUUGAACGGACCGACACUCGCUCUACACUCGAGGUUGCACUCGCGCCGAGUGUACGUGGUGGGGAGGUAGAGACUGCACUGGCGUAGGGCCUGUUUUCCAUCGAUAAAUCACACUUCCUUUCACGGCUGCACGCGGGGACUGUUUACGAGUACACUCGUUACUUGUUUAAUGAAAUUGAGGAAUCAAAAGACGUAGUAGAGCUCGUAACGACUUCCGACACCUCACAAUGAAUACGCUCGCUACGCUCGCCGAUCUCGCGUUUCAUUUUCAUUGAACGCGCCCGAUUUUUCGCGUCCCAUUCCAUUCAGAUGGGGAUAUUGUUAGCGGCCGUAUACGCUGGAGCGCGUCACGGCGGACGGCCGAU